AUGGUUCGUGGACGCGAUAGCCGGCAAGGCUGGGACGAGACAGACCGACGCAGUCGUCAUGGCGGUGGAGGCCGCGAUGGAGGCCGCGAUAGAGCCCGCGACAGCUACCGAGAUCGCGACGCUAGACGCGAUGACCGCGAUAAGAGAGACGACCGCGACCGAAGAUACAGAUCCAGAUCUCGUGACAGACGCGACAGAGACCAACGCCCCAGAUCUAGAGACAGAGAGAGGGAUCGUCCUCGCGACGAUCGCGACGCCGGAAGACCGCCCAGGAGAGAUAGGGACGGAUGGCAGGACCGAGACGACCGGCGGCGUAGAGACGAUGAUCGCGGAGAUGACAAGCCGUCCAGACGGCGAGACGAGGAGGAUGAAGCUCGUCGUGAGUUGCAACCCAGCGGUCCGCACUAUUCCUGGCAGAAAGCUAACGUAGUCACGGCAGCACCACCUCGUGACAAGGACCGUAGAAGAUCAGCGUCGCCCCGUCGAAGCGCUAGCCCGCCCCCAACCCGCCGCGAUGGAAGAUACACUGAGACUCUUCCCACGCGCACAUUAGGAAAGAGCAAGAAGGAGCAGCACACCAUGUCUUUCAAGAUGGGACGCCACGACUCGCCGCAAGUCGACAGUGGACGCGACAGCGAGCGCGGUGAUACACCGAUGACAGGUCGGGAUGAUCGAGACGAUGGGGAUGACGAGCCCGAGCCUGAGGUCGAGGGCGACGAUAUGGACGCCAUGCAAGCUAUGAUGGGCUUUGGCGGCUUCGGCACGACCAAGGGACAAAAGAUUGCGGGCAACAAUGUCGGCGCUGUGAGGAAGGAGAAGAAGACGGAGUAUCGCCAGUACAUGAACAGACAGGGUGGCUUCAACCGGCCCCUUAGUCCCAGUAGGUAG